UCGGUGUUCGUCUUGAUCACGUUAUUGUGUUCUUCUUCUUCGUCGACUCAGUGCUUAGUUACAGUCUCUCUAUUUUUUCCUCUCUCUGGUUUUCUCUGAUUUGAUCGGUAAGCCUUCUCUCUGUGAAUUUGUUCGUUUUUGGAUUUUGCAGUGUAUUUUUGUUGUUUGUGUUAAAUUGUUGAAUUGUUCGUUUUGGAUUACUUUGUUCUUCUCCUUCGUCGACUCAGUGCUAUGUUGAAUUGUUGAUGAUGUUUUGUGCUAUUGCGGUACUAUAUUUGUUCUAUACUGUGAUUUUUUUAUCAGUGACAUGGCCAGUUACAUUUUUAAUACUGCUGUUUUGUUCAGGAAUUAUCAUUUAUUUUGCGAGUAUGAUGUUGUUUUUCUGUUCAGGCAUUAAUAGUGACUUUGGCAGUGAUAAUUCUGUUGAUUCCUUAGUAGUGACAUGGUCAGUUAUAUUUAUAAUAUUGUUCUUCUGUUCAGGCUUUAACAGUUACUUUGGCAGUGACUUGUUUGUGUUGAUUCUGUUGAUUUCCUUAGUAGUGACAUGGAUAGUGAUUUGUUUUAUUCUUGUGCAGUUGUUAUGGAUACAAGCUAUGUUGUCAAGUUUAUUUAUUCUGGUGAAGCAGCAACAGUUCCAUUGUUGCAUAAUUGGUCGUUUGUUGACCUAUGCAAUUCCAUACGCUCUCGUUUUCCGGAUUUGAUUCAAGGCAAUUUCAUGUUGAGGGCAGAGGCACCGAAGAGUUAUAUGACGAAAGGUUGGGAGAGUUAUAUUCAUUCUGAAGGCCAAAAGUUUGAGGGUGGGGUUGUUGAGUUUAGGGAUAAGCUGCGUAAGUAUGCCAUAGAAAUUGGCUUUUCAUAUGAGUUUGUUAGAAAUGACAAGGUUCGUGUUAUUGCUCAGUGUUCUAAGAAACAUUCUCAAGGCUGCAAUUGGCUUGUGAAGGCUCAUUUAUGCAGGGCUAAUGGUUUCUUUAUGAUUAAAAGGUUGGUUAAUGUUCACACUUGUCAUGGUGUGAUUCGUUUGCAGAAGAGUAAGAUGAUGGGAUCCAAGGUUGUCAAGUCUAUUGUGCUUGAUAAGAUUCGUGCCAAUCCAAACAAAAAGCCAAUUGAUAUAGCUGAUGAGAUCAAGAGUGAUUAUGGUUUGGAUGUUGCUUAUCGUACAGUUUGGUAUGGUACGGAGUUGGCAAAAACAGCCCUACAUGGUGAUGAAGCUGAGUCUUAUGCUCAGCUACUUUGGUUCAGUGAGUCUGUUAUGAAGUCAAACCCCGACUCUAGGAUAGUGGUUGAGUUUCAUCGAGAAACACACAGGUUUCAGCGUAUGUUUGUGACCUAUGGUGCAUGGAUGAAGGGUUUUCAAUCUUGUAGACCUAUUCUUUUCAUUGAUGCUACAUUCAUUACCAACAAGUACAAGGGGCAGAUUAUUGCUGCAUCGGCAAAAGAUGCCAAUCAAGGUUGA